GUAACUCAACAUGUUUUUGCUUUACUACUUCGAAUUGUUUCGUUUAGUGCUUAGAGCUUUAGUGUGGUGAAAGGUGUCAGAGCGCACAUAGCUCAGUGUUCAGUACUGCUGUUAGAUUCUUAGUAAUUUUCAUUCACUAACAUUCCUAUCAUCUAAUGGCUACACUCAAGCAGUACAGCUUAGCUGAUGUUGCUAAACACAACACACUACAGGAUCUAUGGUUUGUGAUCGACGACAAGGUGUACGACGUCACAAAAUUUCAAAAUGAGCAUCCUGGUGGUGAAGAGGUGCUAUUGGAAUCAGCUGGCAAAGAUGCUACGAACGAAUUCAACGACGUUGGUCACAGUACAGAUGCCAAACAACAAAUGAAACAAUUCAUCGUUGGGGAGAUCGUUGAGGCUGAACGGAAAAAGAAGGCGACAGUGCCUGAUACUGGUUCGUCCCCCUCUCCCGGAUCCUGGUUAAAUUCCUUAAAGGCCAAAUUUUUUGGUUAAUUUAAAGUAACAACAUGAAAUGUGGCAUGUAUGGUGCAAUGUACAUUCUCAGUUUAAUUCCAUCAUCGAAUAUUUUGCCCACCUUAUAACAGUAUGAACUAUAAUGUCACUAUCUCAUGUUGAUACGAAUUACAGAACGGAUUCGGCUGAAUUCAAUUCUAUUCAUUGGUACUUUACUGAGAGCUCUUCUAUCGAAUAAAAAAAUGCAACUCCCUAA